UUCCAAACCCGACGAAAUUUAUGUAUGUUUUUGUGCAAUGGGUGGAUUGUAUUGGUAAUGAAGCAGUGAGAGAUAUAGACCCCAUAACUGUUUAUAAUAGAUAUAGAGUGUGUCAUGCACACUUCACAGUGGAAGACAAUUCUGGUAACAACAGACUUAGGAAGGAUGCUGUGCCAUCACUAAAUCUUCCUGAUCAACAAAUAUCCAACGCAACUGAUGAAAUUCUUGUGUAAAUUGUGUGGUUACAGGAAAACCAUCAACUUCAGCAUCAUAUCAACAGUUGGGAGAAGUUUGCUCAGUUCCAACUUCACAACCAGGAAAUCUUGAUGUAACUACAGUAGAACCCAUUGAGGAGCAUUAUUCAGAAGCAAGUUCCUCAAGAACAGAAUCUGGAUUAUUGCAUAAGUUACAUGUAACUAGAGACCAUGCUACGCA